AUGGUGCUAGUAUUCGGAUCUGGAAUUUUAUUCGAAAUAUUGGGUAUAAUUGAAAUUUGGCACGAUCCCUUCGAAAUGAUCGAUCAGGUGCCAAUGUUAUUUUUCACUAUGUUGACAAUGAGUAAAACGUUCUGUGCAAUAUAUACAUUACCACAGUUUUUUGUCAACGAUAAUCGUGAAUUAUUAAAAUUUUCCUGCAAAUUAGGUUUCUUACUAGGCCAUAGCAUCCUUUAUAUACUUUCAUCAUUACUGACAAGAUGUUUCUACGUCGAACCUACCGAGAUUAAUGGAUUAUCAAAUAAAGUGUCGAAAUCCCAAAUAGGAUUGCCUCAUCGCGUUAAUUACAUGGUUGAUCUAGACACGUAUUACGUUCCAAUUUUUAUACACUGCGCCAUAUGCGAUUUUUCAUUUGUGUUCUUAAUAACUGUAGUCGAUGUUCUGUAUUUGACAGUGGUCGAGUACUGCUGCGGUUUGUUCGAAGCUUUGAGAUACCGGUUGGAAGUAGCGUUAGAUUUUGAAAACGACAAAUUGAUGAUGACAAAGGAUAAAUCUUAUUCGAAUAUCGUGUACAGUAUUCGUAGACACAUAGAGACGAUGCAAUUUGUUGCCAUUGUGGAAUCAGUAUACAGUUUAUCUCUCUUUGUACAGAUGGGUAUGAUCGUAAUUCUUAUAAGUUUUCUGGGAUAUCAGAUGGUAAACGAUGUGGAAAACAUUAAUUUUUUUAAACCCGCUGCUUUUCUAAAUGGAGUUUUAAUUAACGUAUUUUUUGAAAAUUGGCAGGGCCAGAAAAUUAUAGAUUCCAGCGAACAAGUAUUUAAUUCCGCAUAUAACACAGAGUGGUACAAUAUGCCGAUAGCAACGAGAAAGCUUCUCAUAAUGAUGAUGAUAAGAAGUAAAAGACCAUUGAUGAUAAGAAUGUGUGGUGUAGUUGGCAUCUGUGUGAUUUUCGCGAUGACACCGUUAGUAGCAAGAUUUUUGUACGACGUGGACGCCGUGUCAAAUAAUACACAGGAUGGACAAACAAAAUCGGAUCAUCCUCACCUCAAUUACGUGGUUGUCUUACAAAUACGAUACACCCCACUUUAUAUACAGUUCACCAUAUGCGAAAUAUACUACACAGUAGUAUUGGUCUCGAUCAAUAGCCUGUAUUACGUAUGCGUUCAGCAUUGUUGCGGACUAUUUGAAGCUUUGAGAUUUGCUACGGCUGUAGAAUCGCUGUAUAGACUACCAUUUUUUCUACAUAUGACAGUUAAUGUGUCCCUGUUAAGUAUCGUAGGAUUUCAGGUGAUAACAAAUACGGAAAGUAUCAGUAGUCUGAUACCAGUCGGCACUUAUCUGGGCGGGCUUCUGUUUAACAUGUUCUUAGAAAAUUGGCACGGUCAAAAAAUUAUAGAUUGCAACGAAAAGGUGUAUGAUUGCGUGUACAAUAUAGAAUGGUACAGGAUGCCUAUAAUAUCGCAAAAACUUCUGAUAAUGAUCAUGUUGAGAUGUAAGAAACCACUGACAAUAACUGCGGGAAAAGUUCUUAUUCUGUCCUACGUGAAUUUUAACGCAGUAAGUGCAAUGAUUCCGUAA